AUGUCUGCUACUACUACUACUGCUACUACAAUUAAUAAAAUUCAAAAAGAUUCAAUCCCAAUGGAAUCUUUUGAAUUAAUUAAUGACAAUAUGACUACUACUAAAUCAAAUACAAAUUUAGAAACUGAAAAAGGUUAUGCAUCACCUUUUCAAAUCCAUUCAAGUGUUUUGGAUUCCGUCUUCAGUACAAAUUUAGAUGGAAAAGAUGCCAUGAUUGAUCAUACUCCUAUGUUUGAUGAAUUAGAUUUUAUUGUUGAUGGUGCUAAAGUGAAUUCUAAAGAGGAUUGGGUUGCAUUGUUUGAUGAAGAUGUCAUUUUCAAUACGGUUGAUGGUGGAGAACAAGGUGAAGAAGAAUCGACCGAUAUUGUUAAUGAAUUUGAUGCUCCAAUUUUAUCUUUAGAUGCAACAAAUGACCAAGGUAUCAACAAUGAAGGUAUAUUUGAUGAUGAAUCAUUAUUACCACUUUUAAUUGAACCAUCUCCAAAUGGUUUAUCAGAUGAAACUAUAUCUGCUGCUACUACAUCUGCUUCAAGUCCAGAGUUGGAAUUGGCCAGUACAAUUGCUACAAGUAUUGUUACUUCAUCAACAAGUAAUAAAAGACCUUUUGCUGCCGUUGAUGAUGAUGAACCAAAUUACACAACAUCUAAACAUAAUCAUACUCAACAGCAACAAUUGUUUACUCCAAAUCCUUCAUCAACAUUACCAACUCCUCAAUUAGAUAUGAAAAAACCAUCAAAUAAAAAAUCAAAAGUUGAUCAUUUAGGAUGUGUAACUUAUUCUAAAAAACAAAGAUCUCAAUCUUUACAACCAAUUGCAUUUGAUGAAAUUGAAGAUAGUGCUGCAUUAAAAAGAGCUAAAAAUACAGAAGCUGCAAGAAGAUCAAGAGCUCGUAAAAUGGAAAGAAUGACACAAUUGGAAAAUAAAGUUGAAUCAUUGUUGGAUGAAAAUACUCGUCUUAGAAAUCUUUUGAAAUCUCAUGGAAUUUCAUGUUGA